ACAAAGAGCAAACUGACCGUUAUCCUUUACCCAGGGCCGCCUGCUUACAUACCACACAGGAAUGCCAUACAUUUCAUGACCAUCUCACCUGAAGGUACCUGUUGUGUCAUAUCUCACGCUGUAGGAGGGACGCAAUCUACACCUGCUCAUCUUAUCUCCCUUACCAACUCAAGAAUGGGCCAGACUAUCUGUGUUAUGACCCCAGUGGCUGUGCUUCUUGGUCCUGUGUCUGGCCAACAGGAGUGUGGCAGUUGCUACAUGCUAGACACAGGCACCUUGGUGGGCAUCAUCAUAGGUGAUAUUAUUCUCACUCUUUUCAUUGCACUCUCAGUCUUCUGCUUUGUCUCACGUCUGAAAAUGCAGAAUGGCCUGGAGGCCCUGGAAGGUAAAGGAAAAAUACACACUUCAUCUAAAAAGAAAAAGGCUGAGGACUUAGCAGAAUCUCCAUAUCAGGAGUUGCAGGGAGUACAGAACGAUGUGUACAGUGACCUAAGAAAGUUCCGGAAAUAAGCCCACUCAAAACGGACUUUUUUUGUGGUCAGUGUUUUACCCAAUCUUUCAUAGUUGUUUGUCAGGUCAUUCUGUCAUGUCAAUCUACCUAGCUAGAGAAACCUCCUUGUAACAAUCAGGAAUGGUACUUGCAUGUAGCAGUGGACAGCAGGUGGGCUAAGUAAUGUGAUUUGUUCUCAGACUAUGUACAGUAUAUAGAAUUCUAAAUAAUAAUUUCUUUCCCUAAUUUUCCCUAGGGGCAAUAAUACAAACACAAACAUACACACGGGUUUGUAAUUAUACCAUUGUGGGGACUCUCCAUUCAUUUACAGUAUAUGGUGAAAACUCAACAAUGCCAACAUAAUGACCUUAACACCUACACAGCAAUAAGCUUACCCAUAACUAACCAAACAAAAUACACAAGACUUUUGGCAUUUUUAGUUUUUGGAUUGCAUUCACAGAUCUUUGUGGAGUUCCCACAACAUCAAAAAAACAGGUUUUUAUCACAUUGUAGGGGACAUUUGGUCCCCACAGUGUAAUACAAACAUAAUACACACACACACACAUACACUCAGUGAUGACUUUAUUAGCUAUUCCACAUAGUACCAUGCAGUACUUGUGGUCUUCCUGUUAGCUUUAAGCCUAGCCAUUCUCCUCUGACCUCUUCAUUAACAUGGUGUUUUUGGCUGCACAACUUCUACUGACUGGAUGUUUAUUUAUUGCAUCAAUCUCUGUCAACUGUAGACACUGUAGUGUGUGAACAUCUCAGGAAGUGGCUGUUUUUGAGAUGCUGUAUUCACUGUCUGGCAGAGUCUAUUCACGCUAAUAAAGUGGCCACUUGAUGUAUUGUUCUAUAUGCACACAAAUAUAUACACCUGCAUAUAAUGUGUUUUAUAUUUUAUGUUGUUUUUUUAUGUACUGUAUAUAGUGAUGCUUAAAAGUUAGUGAACCCUUCAGAAUUUUCCAUACUCUGGCAUAAAUAUGACUUAAAACUAGUGCUGUCAAAUGAUUAAAAAUUUUAAUCAGAUUAAUCACAUGGUUCCUGUGGAUUAAUUUUGAUUAAUCAUCAUUAAAUAUCAUUCAUUUUUAAUCUAUAUU